ACACCGCGCGCGCACAGGCGCACAGCACGACACACGCGCGCGCACCGCAUACAAGGGUACAAGACCGAACGCGCAGCGCGGGCAGAUGCUCGUAGUCGAGUCGUGGAAUCGUUGCGCAUAUCGAUCACCGGGACCUAAAAACUCGGCUUCUCCCUCUCGCGCCUCGGGGGUCGAGCUCCAGCUCCAGCUCCAGCUCCCGCGGCCGCGGUGAGGAACGGAGCACCAGAAGGCGAUGCCCUUUUGGUGGCCGAGGAGGAGGUCCAGGCCGAGCUCCAAGCGCAAGGACGGGCCCGUGCCGGCCUCUGCCUCGGCUUCCUGCUCGCCUCGCUACUCUGUCGUCGUUCCCCCCACCGCGUACGCGUCCGCUAGCGCGUCGCCGUCGGCCCAGUGGGAGCGGGCGUGGACGCGCAGCCUCGUCUCCCUGGCGCCGCGGGGCGCAGCAGAUAGGGCUGCCGCCGCUGCCGUUACUCUAUGCGGCGGCGGCGGGUCAGGACCCGGGGGAGCGACGGCCGGGCUUGGGCGUGCUUUACCGCUCCCGCGCCCCGUGUACAAAUCGGCGCCGGUUUCAAGCGGGAGCUCGUCGGAUUCAGACGAGGUGGUGGACAACACAAAUUUCAGGUGUGCGGAUCCAUUUGUCUAUCCUGGAGCAAGAACUGUGCCACCCGAUGCACAUAAGCGCACGGCAGAAGAAAAGCACCUUCUUUCAUGUAGUGCUCCGCCUCCGCGUGAGCACCAAAAGUUUUUUGAGGUGCCUGUCACCAAUGCCAGAAAAGUUCAUUUACAAAGCUACGAAGCUGCAACCAGUGGGACUACUUUGCGUGGUAGAAUGUUUCAUAAAAAUACACGUGCAAGAACAAGGAGUCUUUCCCCAGGCCCAAGAGGGCAUGAUUUUGCUUCCAGUUUUGCAAGUCCAAGAGACGUUGGAGUUAGUUCAAGGUCAGUGGUUAAAAGGAUGGAUGAUCUGAACAGUCGGUCCCAACCCUUUUUCGCGAGCAGUCUGUCUCAACCCUUGCCUCGUCCUCCAGCUCAUAUUGCUAGUUGUCUCAUUCCUUCAUCUCCCAUUGCUUCUGCCCAAUCUCAAUCACAGUGGAAAAAGGGGAAGGCGUUAGGUAGCGGCACAUUUGGUCAGGUUUACGUUGGAUUCAACAGUGAAAGCGGGAAGUUUUGUGCAAUAAAGGAGGUAAAAGUUAUUUUGGAUGAUUCAAAGUCAAAAGAACGCCUCAGACAAUUGAAUCAGGAAGUAGAUAUGCUUAGGCAACUAACACACCAAAACAUUGUGCAAUACUAUGGAAGUGAACUGACUGAUGAGGCACUGUCCAUCUAUCUUGAGUAUGUUUCUGGAGGUUCAAUUGAUAAAUUGCUUAAAUACUAUGGUCCUUUUAAGGAACCUGUGAUUCGUAAUUAUACGAGGCAGAUUCUUUCUGGACUUGCCUACUUGCAUGGUAGGAAAACUGUGCACAGAGACGUAAAAGGAGCAAACGUACUUGUUGGCCCAAAUGGCGAAGUCAAACUUGCUGAUUUUGGCAUGGCUAAACAUAUAACAUCUUUAGCCGAAAUACACUCAUUGAGAGGAAGCCCAUACUGGAUGGCUCCUGAGGUUAUAAUGAAUAAAAAUGGGUACAGUUUUGAAGUUGAUAUCUGGAGCCUUGGGUGCACAAUUAUUGAAAUGGGAACUGGGAGACAUCCUUGGCAUCAGUAUGAACAUGUACACGCAAUGUUUAAGAUAGUAAACACUAAGGAUAUGCCAGAAAUCCCAGAGAGACUUUCUAAAGAAGGGAAAGAUUUCCUUAGUUUGUGCUUAAAACGUGAUCCGGCACAGCGCCCAUCUGCAACUCAGUUGCUGCGCCAUCCUUUUGUUCAAGACAAUCAGGAAAUCAGUGGGGCCAAAUGCAACACCACUUUGAGAAAUGGACUAUCUUCGCCUGCAGAGUCCAACAAAGAACCUUCAUUGAAGAGAAGUGUUGCUCCUCUGCGGGACAUUGGAGGGAUAAGAGCGCGAGGUUUUACGGGAUCUUCCUCAGCAUGCGUUUCACCCCACAAAACUUCCAGGCAUAUUGAUGUGAGAGCAAACAUGUCUCUCCCGGUGUCUCCAUGCUCAAGCCCGUUACGCCAGCUGAAGCAAUGGAACUGGAGCUGCGUUGCUUCCCCAUCACAUCUGGCAUUCUCCUCGGGAUCUGUGGCCCACAACACAGUCAGUGACAUGCAGAACCAGAUGAGAGGAAGCGACCCAGUUCCAGAUCCAUGGCGCGACAUCAGCCACAGACGACAAAGCCCAUAUGACUCCCCAAAGAGAUUCUGAUUAUGAUCCGUACAGCUGUAGGAGACUAUCACUUAUCGGUAUUUUCACGGCAAAGUUAGGUGAUCUAGGAGAUGUUUGCGUUGAAAAAUCCUCGGUAACUAGGAAUCCUCAUGAUCUGAUCUAUUGUGUACGUAGAUGAUAAAGGUGUAGCUGAUGAUUGUAAACUAUGUGCAGGUGUUGUAAAUGCUCAUUGUACAUCCUGUAUAGAUUAAAUAUGACGAUGCAGGUGUUGUAAAUGGUCAUAUAAAUAAAGUAAUAGAAAAUUACACAGAUGAAGUUUCUUCC